GCAUAGGAUCUCUGCACUCCAAAUGAUUGUGCCUCUAGGCGAAAUAACUCCCUGAUCUGGCUGGUCUCUGGGCUCCCUCUCUGUCCAUCGGGGAAGCAAGGCAAUGGAUCCACUCUAUCAGGCUGGGUCCAUCCUCAUGAAGGUGAAUACCUUACAAGGGAAGAAGAUGGUAGAGAGCGGCCUCCAGUCCGGAGACCUCUCCCUCUCCCAGUCAUGGCCCUCCUGCCUCCCACUGCCGGCUGACUUGGAGAUCCUGCAGCAGAAGGUGAUCGGGAUGCAGCUGGAGCUGGAGGACUUUAAGAAGGAGGCGCUGAAGGCCAUCCACUACCUGGAAGAUUCCUUCUGCGAGAUGAAUAGCAUCCUGGCGCAGCAAGGGGAGCAGGCGGCCCGCGUGAAGCAGCGGCUGAGGGAGGAGGAGGACCGGGGCAUCGUGCGCAACAAGGUCCUCACCUUCCUGCUGCCUCGUGAGAAGCAGCUCCGGGAGCACUGCAAGUGGCUGGAGUACAUGCUGCUGGGCAGGGGCCGCUACACACUGGGUGCUCUCAGGAAGAGCCUGGUGGACUGAGCCGCCUGGGCCACAGCAAAGAUUGUCACAUGGAAGAUUUUUUUUUUUUUAAAUGGAAGGACAAACCUAAGUCCCCACCCACUUUCUUCUUUUUCCCCCAUUCCCUUUGCUUUCCUUCUACCAAGACAAUACCUUGCUGAGGGGUUAAAAAGACCUUGGUUUUCAGACCCCCCCCCGCCCCGUGACUUGCACCUGGAACUGUUUUCUGUUGGUAAUGGUGACAUCGUUUUGGAUGUACAGCCUUUUUUUCUUGUAUAUUCUUAAACUGAUUGUGUUGAACAGAUAUUUACCUUUCUUGGAAUGACUCAAAGCUCUCAUGACUUGUUUCUUAAUGUCUGGUCUCCCCAGAGGGGUCGGGUCCUGUGUCCAGGCCCUGAGAUGUUCCCCAGCUUGCUCUGCGUUUGUAAUUCUUGUCCUCGCCUGUUGGCUUUUCCUGUCUUCUUUCACUUUUCUCUGCCUUUGCCCACCUCUGCUGCCCUCCAUUUAGCCUGCAGACUGGCCCAUCAGAUGGACAGAGCUCGUUAGGACCCUGAUGGCCGGAACUCUCUGGGCUGUAGGGCGCUGAUGAGGCGACACCCGUAAGAUGGCACUAGACGAUAGUGAUGCCCAUUUCCACGUCUGACUCAGGGAGCAGGAAUUCUAACUUUGCCCAGAUAUUUAUCAGCCAGUGCACAGACCCUCCACACGACUCGCCUCCACCGGCCCUCGCAGGGCACAGCGUCACACCAACGCAGGAAGUCAAGUUCUGUACCCCGGAUCUCCAUGCUGAUAAGUCGCGGGAGUGGGCUUCGAGUGCAGGUCACCUGUGCUCACUCAUCAUCCUGCUCACCCCCUCUCUGACUUGGGAACCACAUCAGUCUGGUCAAGGACCUGUCGUGGAGGAACGAGAUUGUCACCUGGGUGACUGGGAGUUCAUCAUCUGUCCCUGUGCCUUUAAUUUCCAGUUAGCCUUCUGUUUCCUUUCUGUCCUUUCUCUGGACGCCCCCACCCCCAAAUGCUGCCGUGCAGCAGAACUGAGCAGCCUGGGAGGCCAGAGCCUUAGCAGAGUCGGCCUCUGUCUCUCCAGCCCAGGACCUACAGCUCGUCCAUGCCCUCUGGCCUUUGAACUCAGCCUCAGCCCCCUCCUCUUUCUUUCACAGACUCUCCAAAUAAAAUGAAAACAUCUGGAACUUGGGUUCAACUUCA